AUGCCGAGAGCCCAUCCCAACAUCUUCCAGUUUGUCAUAGAACUCAAGAAGAUCGAGACAGCAGAUAGACUGUCAAGAAGGCAGAUUGCACUUGGUGGUGCCAUGAGCACUCAUGCUUGUGUUGACAGAGACCGAGAUGCAAGGAUCGAGAGACUGAAGCAGCAGCUUGCUACUGGCAGAAGAUCAGUGAUCCAGUUUCUGGAUGCAACAUAUCAUGACUUCUGUGGUGAUCCUAUGUUUUGCAUCCGUUCUACUUUUCAUACAAGAAGCACAGGAAUAUGUGCCCAGUGUCAUUCUCCAUACACUGGCCCCAACUGUGAGAUGCCAUGUGAGAAUUGUAAAGGAACAUGCAAGGCUGGAUGCGAAGGAGGCUGUAAACCUGGAUUUUAUGGUCAUUGGUGUGACAAGGUGUGUGGUGAAAACUGCCGCGCCGGCCUUGACGCAACUUUUGAGCUAGAAUGUGACAGAAAUGUCUCCAACACGUGCAUCCUCGACUGCGACAAGAAGACAGGACAUUGCAUCCACGGUUGUAAUCCCGGAUUCUAUGGCCAUUGGUGUGAAAAGGUUUGCAGUGAAAACUGCCUCCCAGACCCCAACGGAACUACUUCAUCCGCAUGUGACAGAAAUGGCUCCAACAAUUGCAUCCGCGAAUGUGACAACAACACAGGAGAUUGUAUCCACGGUUGUAAUGUCAGAUGGCAUGGUACUAACUGCUCAUCUCGCUGUAACUCAAAGUGUAGAAAUCUGUUCUGCGCUGAAUGA